GUUUUUCUCUAUCCAGAAUUCUGUGAGGAAGGUUAAUGUGUAUGUGGGGAGUGAAAUGAGGGAUACGGUUUUGUUGACAAGGCUGAGGUUGGGUCAUUGUGGAUUGGGAAGUGAGUUAUUGUUAGUGAGGAAACACACAGAUGGGAAGUGUGAGGAAGGUGUCGAGGUAGAGAUUGAAGUAUGUCAUGUUAUAUUGCCGGUGGUAUGCUGAGGAUAGGACAUUCUUCUGUGAGCUGACUAACCGCAUUUUUGCUUGUAACAAUUUCGAGCUCAAAUGAUAAGCAAAGCUAAAUACCAAGGAAGCUGUUGUCGUUUCUCUAUUCCACCGGCCUGCACCUACUGGUGUGAGGAUAUUAUUCAUUCGCAUUCUGACCUGAGAAAGACAGCAAUUCACAGUACACCGUCUAGUCUGCCGGAAACGCACAAGACGACGAAGAAGACAGCGGAUAGUCUGCUGCUGGAAACGCACAGGAAGAAAAAUAAGUAAACGGAAGUGAAGUGACCAAGAACAAUUUCCACGUUAGCGUUAUUGUUGUUGUUAUUUAGACGUUUAUUAAAACCCUGGAAUUUAAAAUGACUAAUUUAACUGCACAUCAUCACAUACUUACGGCAUGUAAUGUCUAAUUCGGGUUAAGGACUUGGUUGAUAGAUGUUAUCUAGGUAGUGCUAGCUAACUGCUAACAAUGGCUAACUGUAUGGUUUUUCACACUCAAAUAGCCUCCAUCAUGGAAGUGCUAGCAAAUGCUGCGGUGGCAGAGAUCUGUAAACUCGUAGACGACGACUAUGCAGUGCUUCGUUUGGAAAUAACUCAAAGCCAUAAAGAAAACAGGACAUUGCGGAGGAAACUACUGGAACUGAAGGUGGCACGGGAGCGCGCAGAGAGAACAACACGAGAGCGCGUCCUCGCCAGUCGUCCCAGUAGUGUCAAGAUCCUCGACCGAUACAGAGGAAUGGCAAGAGGUGAAGGACAUCUCACUGGAGGCUACAGGAGCUCUGUGAAGCCAGCGGGACACAAUAAAUGGAGAGAUGACCAACCAAUCACUGUUGAUGAGGGGAGUGGAACCUCAACCCAGCACAUUAUCAUGAUAGAGUCUGGAGAGGUUGCAGGUCUUGGGGUCAAGCACGAGAGGUCUGAAGGAGAGGAGGACCCACGGCACAGCAGAGACAUCCAGACCGGAGAGACUGGACCACCCCUUGUAGCCACGGAGGACCCCACCACCACCCCAGCGCAGCCCAGGAUUAGAAGCAGCAUCACGGAGGUCAGUGGAAGGCCAGACGCCGUCCUCAAGUCAGAGACAGACACCAAGACUUUAACUGUAACACAAAGGCAUUUACACCCAGAGAGACUGGGGCUGGGGAGGCUGGGCUGUCCUCCUGCUCCCAGCUCAGAGUAUUUACUUUACGAUAACCCGAGCCCGAUUCAUUCCCAUCGAGACUCAGGUGACGAGACUGGCAAUGAACCGUCUUGUUCUUACACUACAGAGAUGGACCCUGGCAACAUGCCCUUGGGUUUAGAGACACAAACUGGUCCAUCUAGAGGGGACUGGAACCGGUACAGUAGUAGUGUAUACUCUGAAGGGUGCCUAGAUAAGAAAGGGGAGGGUCUGAUCGUAGAUGAUGUGAAAGUGGAGGGCGAGGUUCCUCCCACAUGGAAUGCACAUAGUCACCUAGGAGACGGACUAUCACAGGGCAGAGAUUUCUUAGACAGCAGGGAAAGCUUAAAGACAAAUCUAAAUGUCGUGACCCACUCCCCUUUACAGGCGUUCAGUGAUCGCGACCCAGUGUCCACGUCGAUGGGGCCUUCUGAUUCACACGGCCACGUCCUUUUCAAUCAGGUAUUGAACUCAAACGACCGGGCUAGAGCCCAGGCUCAGGGAGGGGGAGCCACAUCAGGCAAUAGUAAAGAGAAAAGGUUCCUCUGCAUGUUCUGUAACAAAGGCUUUAGUUGCUCCCAGAAGGUGGAGAUCCACCAGAGGGUCCACACAGGGGAGAAACCCUUCAGCUGUACCCAGUGUCACAUGCGCUUUGCAGAGGCUGGCAACCUGAAGAGGCACCAGCGGGUCCACACAGGGGUGAAACCCUUUAGCUGUACCCAGUGUCACAUGCCCUUCGCCCAGGCUGGCAGCCUGAAGCGGCACCAGAGGGUCCACACAGGGGAGAAACCCUUUAGCUGCCCUCAGUGUGAGAAGAGGUUCUCACGCCAGCACCAGCUUAAGAUCCACCUGAAGGUCCACACAGGAGAGAGGCCAUUUACCUGUACGCACUGCGGGAAGAGGUUCUCAGAGAAGAGCUGCCUCAGGAUACACCAGCAGAAAAACCAUUCCACUGUAUAAUAUAGGAUGUAAUCAUUCCACCCAAUAUCUGACGUUUAGAUCAAACACUGAUUUUAAAGACAAACUGGAAUUUUCAUUGUUGUCAACAAAAAAGACCCACAGCGGCAUUAGGAAUCACGAGAGGAACAGAUUUCAGUGUUUAAUAUUCCUGGGUAGAAUAUUGCAUCCAGACAUUGUGUAAAAUACAGUGUAAGGCAUAUAUAUAUAUAUAUGCCUUCAGAAAGUAUUCACACCCCUUGACUUUUUCCACAUUUUUUGUUACAAAGUGGGAUAUAAAAUGGAUUUAAUUGUGCUUUUUUGUCAAUGAUCUACACAAAAUGGAAUUUCUUACAUUUGUUUAAAAAAAGAAAAAUAACACUCUCUUUAUUAGAAUAGUAUUCAACCCUCCGAGUCAAUACAUGUUAGAAUCACCUUUGGCAGCGAUUAUAGCUGUAAGCGCUUUCCACACCUGGAUUGUGCAUUUGCCCAUUUAUUCUUCUCAAAAUUCUUCUAGCUCUGUCAAAUUGGUUGUUGAUCAUUGCUAGACAACAAUUUCAGGUCCUUAGCUCCAUUCUGUUAUUUUUGUUUUAUCCUGAUAAACUCCCCAGUCCUUAACGAUUACAAGCAGACAUAAGCCGAGGAAGAGUAGUGUGAAUAUUGUAUAUUUUUUUUAAUAAUUUGAUUGUUUCUUUUUGCAUUUUUCUAUUUUAGUUUUGGCUGCUCUAGGGUUAGAUCCCUAUAUCCUGUGGUCUUGACUCUUAGAUUUGCAGGAUCGUUAUGAAGUAUUUUGGCUUGAUAGCUAGCUGGCUGUUUUGAGUCAAAUUAUGUGGCUUUUUGUUUUAUCUGUUUGGAAAUUUUACAACAAGGACUGCGUGCUGUGUCCAGAGGUAACAGAGGAAGUUCAGGGAAAGCUCCUAACCAAGGGGUUGAACACUUAGUGUCAAGAAAAAGUUUGUGAACCCUUUGGAAAUACAUGGAUUCCUGCAUAAAUUGGUCAUAAAAUUUGAUCUGAUCUUCAUCUAGGUCACAACAAUAGACAAACUGUCUGCUUAAAUUAAUAACACACAAACAAUGAUACGUUUUCAUGUCUUUGAGCACAGUGUAAACAUUCACAGUGCAGGGUGGGAAAAGUAUGUGAGCCCUUGGAUUUAAUAACUGGUUGACCCUCCUUUGGCAGCAAUAACCUCAACCAAACGUUUUCUGUAGUUGUGGAUCAGACCUGCACAACGGUCAGGAGGAGUUUUGGACUAUUCCUCUUUACAAAACUGUUUCAGUUCAGCAAUAUUCUUGGGAUGUCUGGUGUGAACCGCUUGUUUUUUUUGGAUAGAAGGGACUUCUUCCGGGGUGUCCUCCCAUGAACACCAUUCUUGUUUAGUAUUUGACGUAUCGUAGACUCUUCAACAGAGAUGUUAGCAUGUUGGCAAGUCUUUAGCUGACACUAUAAUUCUUCUUAACCUCAGAGCAUUCUGCGCUGUGCUCUUGCAGUCAUCUUUGCAGGACGGUCACUCCUAGGGAGAGUAGCAACAGUGCUGAACUUUCUCAAUUUAUAGACAAUUUGUCUUACCAUGGACUGAUGAACAUCAAGGCUUUUAGAGAUACUUUUGUAAUCCUUUCCAGCUUUAUGCAAGUCAACAUUUCUUAAUCUUAAGUCUUCUGAGAUCUCUUUUGUUCGAGGCAUGGUUCACAUCAGGCAAUGCUUCUUGUGAAUAGCAAACUCAAAUUUUGUGAGUUUUUUUUUUAUAGGGCAGGGCAGCUCUAACCAACAUCUCCAAUCACGUCUCAUUGAUUUAACUCCAGGUUAGCGGACUCCUGACUCCAAUUAGCUUUUGGAGAAUUCAUUAGCCUAGGGGUUCACAUACUUUUUCCAACCUACACUGAACGUUUAAAUGUUGUAUUCAAUAUAGACACAAAAAACACAAUAAUUUGUGUCAUUAGUUUAAGUACACUCUUUAUUGUUGUGACUUAGAUGAAGAUCAGAGAAUUUGAUGACCAAUUUAUUCAGAAAUCCAGGUAAUUCCAAAGGAUUCACAUACUUUUUCUUGCUACUAGCAGAGAAAGUUCAGGGAAUGCAUCUAACCGCUGCCAAGAUGUGGCUUUUCGUGCACUUUUCAGCAGCGGUGGCAUCACCCAGGUGGGUGCUACAUUCCUGGCAAUGGAGGACCAGUACCAGAGAAGCGGCUCCAACGGAGUGACUGACCAUUCAGAGAACCGGGCCUGUUUUUUUUUCAGACUGUCUUUGUUUCACCUUGGCUGUCCCCUCGAUGCCCCCUCUACUGAACCUCCACUGCCUUUCCACUGACCCUAAAGCCCAAACUGCCUGAAGCUUUCAAUCUCGAUAAUUUACAUGUGUUUGUUUUACCAUUUAUAUACUUUGAGGCUUUGAAAAGCACUAUACUAGUUCAAAAAUGUAUAUAUUAUAUCUGUAAGCCAAGUAUUCCUAGUAGGUUAGGUCUACAUGUUAAUGUUUGUAAAUUGUUUUAACCAUUUAUUUAAGAGGACCACAGUGGAAAUACAUUUUCAAACUUGUCAUCCUCGAUUACUUUAAAAUGCGUUAUCCAGAUGCUUGUUUGAAUGGAUUUAAAUGAUCAAAUAAAUCUAUAACAUGA